GCGCGGCGCGGCCAUGGCGUCGGGGCCGGAGAGCGAGGCGCGGCUGGCGGCGCGCAAGGAGCAGAGGCGGCGGGAGCGGGAGGCGCUGCUGGCGCAGGCCAAAAUUACUUAUGAAAAGGAACAGAGGCAAAAGCUGCUAAAGCAUCUGCGAGGUGAAGAUACAUGGAUGCUUGCUGAUGUGAAUGAACGUGUGGAACAACUGGAAAAGGAACAUUCUGUGCAGAAGAAAAAGAAAAAGGAUAAACAUUCAAGAAAACCUAAAAAAGAAAAGAAGAAAAGCAAAAAACAAAAAUCUGAAAAGGAUGACUUUCUUAAUAGUUCUUCAGAUUCUUCGGUUGAGUGGGUUGAGUCAAAUGCGUCACAGCCAGAUAAUACAGAAAAGGCUUGGAAGGUCGACAGGCAAUCAGAUACUACAAAAGAACCUUCCCUACAGAGAGAAGAAUGGAUGACUUUAGACUUCAUGUCUUUGAAAACCACAUCAGCAGCAUCUGUCAGAGCUGAAAAACAUAAAGAAAAAAAAUUGGAACAACAGAAAGCUCAAGAAAUUGAGCAGGCUAGACUUUCUGAGAGAGAACUUAGUCCCUAUUGGAAAGAUGGUGGUACAGGUUUGCCACCAGAGGAAGCUGAAGAAGGUUCAGUUAAGAAAGCUACAGUGGUAGAAGAUGCUGGAUUAAGUUGGUUACGAAAAUCAUACAGAAGGAUGAAGGAACAGGCUGAGAGAGAGAAACGGAAUUUUGAGGAAAUUGUAGCUGAGAGAUACGGGUCAAUGGAGAUAUUUCGGUCACGAUUAGAAGAAGCUGAAAAAGUUGCAUCCAAAAAAGAAAAUUAUUGUAGACAAGGAAGAUGGAAGAAAUCUGACUAUUCAGAAAGUGGACAAGAAAAGAAAGAGCAGCUUAUGAAGGAGUUACAAGAUGAAGAUGAUAGAAAUAAGAACACGUUCAGGGGAUAUACUGGGGAGAACUCUGUCAAGGAAUGGGCGCAAGAAAAGAGAGGUUGCAAACGAGAUAGGUCGAGAGAAGACCAAGGCCGUGGCUGCAGUAGCCCAGGCUCAGGAUUGAGAAGCUACAGCUCCAAUGCAGAAAGACUCUCUGAGGAAAAACGAAGUCAGGAAAAGGGUUCAUCUCUCAGCAACAUGAAACACAAAUUUUUGAAACCCUCUGAAGAUGAUUUAUCAUCUUACAGUUUACAUAAGGACUAUGAGUCACAGCAGUCCUCUUUAAAACUGCCAGUUCAUAGCUCUUUAAGUAGCCAUUUCCAAAAACCUGGUGAGGAUACUGCACUGUGGACCAAAACGCAUGUGAAAGAUGACAGUGAGAAAUUAAUGUCCGAUCAAAAAUCAGCAGGUGCUCUAGAACAAGUUAAGAAUUGGGAUAGAACUGCAAGUGAUAGAAAAGAAGAAUCACAACAGCAGUGCCCAGGAAAUACCCCUGAGAAGAAAGAAACACUGUCAAACAAUAAAACAUCAUAUUCUAGGCAUACGUCAAAGGAUGAGGAAUCUCACUUCCUAAGUGAAGAGGAGAUGAACAAACUAGGAGCCAGAAUUGUGAAAGCAGAACUCAUGGGAAAUAUGGAGUUGGCUUCAAAACUUCAAGCAGAGCUUGAGAAUGCACGCAAAUUAAGGGAGAAUCAAAACCAGGUUCCAACGAAGUCUAGCAGAGUGGUUUCAAGCCUUCAGGAAGAUGAACAAGUGAUCCUUGUCAGAACAGAUCAAAUUGGAAGGGCAUGGCCUGUGACAACACCAACUGAACCACUGGAGCCAAAAGGAGGAAGAAAAAAGCGACAGAUGGUCACUACGCAUAUAGAUAAAGAAAGAGUCAGGUAUUUUCAGGAUGAUGAUCAUAUGAGCCUGAAAGAUUUAGUCAAAAAUGAGAAGAUGAGAACAGCAGAAGAUCAAAACACACUAUUCAUGCGUAUGGCAUCGAAGCUUAUGGAAAAAACUGAUAGAGAGUAUUACACUCUGGAUGACAUGUUUGUUUCUAAAGCAGCAAAAGGAGAGCGUAGCGGGGAAGAGGAAGAGAGACAAAGAAGAAAAGCAAUACAUGAGCACCAACAGCUUGCUGCAUCCAUGGAAAAGUGCCCGUAUUGUUUUGAUAGCAGUGAACUUUCUAAACAUCUUAUUAUUGCAAUUGGCAGCAAGGUAUAUUUGUCUCUUCCAAGCAGUCAAUCCCUCACUGAAGGCCACUGCCUGAUAGCCCCUUUACAGCACCAUACUGCAGCCACACUUUUGGAUGAAGACAUCUGGGAAGAAAUCCAGAUGUUCAGAAAGGCUUUGGUGAAGAUGUUUGAAGCCAGGGAACUGGACUGUGUCUUCCUAGAGACAAACAUGAGCAUGAAGAAACGGUAUCACAUGGUAUAUGAAUGCAUUCCUCUUCCGAGAGAAGUAGGAGAUAUGGCUCCAAUCUAUUUUAAGAAAGCUAUAAUGGAAUCUGAUGAAGAGUGGUCCAUGAACAAGAAGUUAAUUGAUCUUUCUUCAAAAGAUGUUCGGAAAUCUGUUCCUAAAGGAUUACCAUACUUUGCAGUGGACUUUGGCCUUCAAGGAGGAUUUGCUCAUGUCAUUGAAGAUCAACACAAGUUCCCUCAUUAUUUCGGAAAGGAAAUCAUUGGUGGCAUGCUGGACUUGGAACCGAGGCUCUGGAGAAAAGGAAUCAGGCAGAACUUUGAGGAUCAGAGGAAGAAAGUGUUGCAGUUUGCACAGUGGUGGAAACCAUAUGAUUUUACCAAAAAUAAAGAAUGAAUAUAUCCAGUACUUCACUGGGUGAGGACUGAAAGCAAAAACUAUCAAAGACUCUAUAAGCCAUACAUUAUUUUAAAGGAAUUUCCUAUGUUAAGUGUAACACCAGUGCAUUAUGUAUUGCUAAUAAGUAUUUUAAAAGCCAGGAAUAUAGUUUAAUUGCUGAUUAUCUGUUUCUGCAAGCCUGAAAAUUGGAAGUGUACGGCUUUUGUGUUUUAUUUUUACUGGAGCCAAAAGACUAGUAUCCAUUUGAUUAUUGGAAUUCUUUAAAAUGUAAUUCUGCUUUUGGAAUUUUUAUAAUCUUUGAAGCAAAUGAGGUUUUUUUUUUGUAUUUAGCAUAUAGUCAGUACUUAAUUAUUGCAAUGAAAUUUUGUAGAAAAAGAUGUAAGUUUUAAGCACAUUUUAAUUAAUGUAUUGUUGUAGAAGGAAGCUUUUAUAGAAAAUCAUUUUCUGUUUUUGAGUUUUUGUGUUUUUUCAGUUGAGAUCAUUGCAGUAAUAUAAACCUUUGAACAUGAUGUGGUUGAUAAAUCUUCUGCUGGCUGCCUGCACAAGA